AUGGGGGAGGGAAGGCGAGGUUGUGGUGUGAAUUUGGGCCUGAUUGGCCGCCGAUCGCCGUCGUGGGCCAUUUCCGGCGGGCGGUGCACGGUGGCCCAAGGGGGCGUUAUAUCUGAGUGUGUGAAGGUUGUGAGAGACGGCUUGGGGGUGACGGCGAACUUGGUUAGGGAGGUAGCGCGGGAUGUGCUCGGGGUAGCCAAGGGCUAUUCAGGCAGACAUCAAGGUGACUGGUGGUGGAACGAUGUAGUCCAAGGAAAAGUGGAGGCGAAGAAGGCGGCGUUUGCUAAGUUGGCAGGGAGCUCAAGCGAGGAAGAAAGAAGAGUCAACAGGGAGUACUACAAGGUGGCGAGGAAGGAAGCGAAGCUGGCGGUCACGGAAGCAAAAAAUGCGGCGUUUGGUCGCAUGUACGAGGAAUUGGGGGAGAAAGGCGGGGACAGGAAGUUAUUCAGGUUGGCUAAAGUGAGGGAGAGGAAGGCGCGGGAUCUAGACCAAGUUAGGUGCAUCAAGGACGAGGAUGGUAGAGUUCUGAUGGGGGAGUCUCAAGUCAAGCAGAGGUGGCAGGCGUACUUUCGAGACCUGCUUAAUAAGGAGGGGGAUCGAGACGUAGAGCUAGGGGAGUUAGGGAAUUCAGAGUGUCAUAGAGACCUUGAGUACUGCAGGCGCAUUAGGGUGGAGGAGGUCGUGGGGGCUUUGCAUAGGAUGAGUAGGGGUCGAGCGACCGGGCCAGACGAAAUCCCGGUGGAGUUCUGGAAAUGCAUAGGUAGGCCAGGAGUAGAGUGGUUGUCCAGGUUGUUCAAUGUGAUCUUCAGGACUAAGAGGAUGCCGGAGGAGUGGAGGUGGAGUACAGUGGUGACGUGUAUAAGAACAAAGGGGAUAUCCAGUGUUGUAACAACUAUAGGGUUCGGUUUCAUGCCGGGCCGCUCCACUACAGAAGCUAUCCACCUUGUUAGGAGAUUGGUGGAACACUUCAGGGAUAAGAAGAAGGACCUGCACAUGGUGUUUAUCGACUUGGAGAAGGCGUACGACAAGGUCCCAAGGGAGGUGCUAUGGAGGUGUCUGUAG